GAAGACGACAUGCUUUCAUGCAUUAGACUGCGACUGGACCGCGAUACAAAUAGGAUUUUAACCUGUUUUAACUUUUGUUGAAAUUUUGUGAGGUUUAACAUUUAAUUUUGGUUUGAAUCGUACGCGCUGGGGUGGUCCAUUUUACAGCAACUUAGAGCGUUUUAUAACAGCUGUUCUCUCUUAUUGGAUUUCUCUGAAAGCAGACUUUAAGAAAUCCAUCUUUAAAGUGUAUUUUAUUUCAUGCAACGAGCUCCUUGACAUUGUUGCUUAUUAGAGGACAUGACAGUCAUUUCCAGAAAAUUCUGGACACAAUUGGAUUUUUUUUUUCUUGCUCCAGCAAAUCAAUUAUUACUUAUAUUUUUGGAGCAGACGAUAUGAAAUAGAUAGCAAGUCUGGACAUGAUCCAGAAAACAUCUUGCAAUAAUUUAUAAACAGGGCAGAUAGGCAGCUGCUGCUGCUGGUGCUGAUGAUGAUGAUGAUCACAGUGUGUCUGUUUUGAUUUCAGAUCCAACAGAAAAUCUGUUGAAAGACAGCAAAGGAACAUCAUGGGGUCCAAUAAAUACAGGAGUACAAAAAGGCAGUGGGCAGAUUCAGCUCUGGCAGUUCCUGCUGGAGCUCCUCUCCGACAGCACCAACAUGUCGUGCAUCGCCUGGGAGGGCACCAACGGCGAGUUCAAGCUCAUCGACCCGGACGAGGUGGCCCGGCGCUGGGGGGAGCGCAAAAGCAAACCCAACAUGAACUACGAUAAGCUGAGCCGGGCGCUCCGCUACUACUACGACAAAAACAUCAUGACCAAAGUCCACGGCAAGAGAUAUGCCUACAAGUUUGAUUUCCACGGCUUGGCGCAGGUGUGUCAGCCGUCCACUACGGAGCAGGCCAUCUACAAGUUUCAGGGUAACUUCUCCCCGAUUCCCUUCUCCGGGAUUUCCAAACUGAACCUCGUGGCUCCCGGCGUGGGGCCGUCGGGUUUCUCUUACUGGCCUGGCUCACCUCCGGCGGCUCUGUAUCACAGCCACAACCUCCAGCCUCCGGGGCCCUUUGGCACCGUGUCUCCGUCCCACAUCAGCUGUGUCAACAACAUCAACAGUCUGAGUAACAUCAACAACCAUUACAACUGACUUUUAACGCAUCUCUUAGACAGACUGGAAGAAUGUUAACACCACCAGUGAUACAGCAAUGAACGAGGGGACAGAAAGAUCGGUUUUGGUAGUUUGCAGGUGAAAAUAUAUUCUAGGUUAAAACUGAUUCGAUUGGGUUAAGAAUUCACGUUUUUAAACGACGCGCAAGAAUUGUUUCAACAUCUUACACCUGCUUUUAAAGGUGUAUUUUUUUAACCCCGUUUCAACCUGUAGGCCAAGGCAUAUUUUCACGAGCAAAACAUUAAAUCCACAAAUCAUAUUUCGCAGAGAGGUUUGAACUUUACGCACGGUACUUCAGUAAUUAUAUUGAUUGAAUUUUAACCCAUAAACAGCCCAAAUGUAGAAUUUCCUAAUUCUAACCACAAUGUGUGAAAUUUAAUCGUAGAUCAAUAGUUUCCGUGUGGGAGUCCGGUUUUUCAAAAGAACAAAUUGUAGAAUAUUACUUAAAAUGAAAAUGAAAACAAACAAAAAAAAAAACAAAAAACAAAAAACAAAAAACAAAACAUGUGGUCUGUUUUAUAACUAUCUGUUUUCAUCCUUUUU